AUGUAUUGCCCUGGAUGCGGUUCUGAACAUAAUAGCAUUGAAGAAAUGUAUUGUGGAAACUGUUCGUCUGAACGGGACGCUAACCAGCUUCUAAAAGUAUAUUUUGAUUGUGGUUAUCCGUGCGAUGCCAUUGUUGGACUACUAGCAGCACAAGGUUUCCACAUGUCCUUGAGUGCAGUCAAGAGGCGUCUCAGAGCUUUAGGGCUCAAACGAAAAAGCAUUCAGUUUGACGAAGACCACUUAAAGGCUGUUAUCCAGGAAGAAAUGCAAGGAGCUGGAAGUCUAUCGGUAUACAGAAGCAUUUGGCAUGCUUUGCGAUUAAGACAUGGUAUACACGUUAGUCGCCAUGUUGUAGCGACAUUGAUGAGAGAGAUCGAUCCUCUUGGUGUAGAAGAGCGGAAAAAACGCUUGCUGGCACUUAGACGGUAGGAAUGUAUUUAUUUGGGAAGUGGUACAGGGGCUGCCCCCCCCCCCCGGUUUGCAAAGUAGGGGAAAACUCAACGAUAUUGUGUGCCAAUCAAAACGAAGGUGUAACAUUCCCCCCGACCAGCAACCUGUACCAACCUACACCCUGCAAUUUAGACCUGCUGUAAAAUGUUUGCAAUUAGAACAAGUGUCCUAUAUUUCAUUUACUUAAUUGAUUGGGAACGAGAGGGGUCCUAUAUUUCAUUUACUUAAUUGAUUGGGAACGAGAGGGGCAUUUACCAUUCGUUAUUUUCCCUAGGGGCGAGCAUUUGUUGUCGAGAAAUUUAAAGUGGUGGAUUUGACCACAACUAAAAAACUAUUCUUUUUACCUGACAUGAAGGCUAUAUUAUAGAUAGGCUUUAAUGUUUCAAUCAGUAAUGUUUUUGUACUUUCCCGUUUCAAUCAAAUGCACUUUGUUUUUGCUUUUGUAUUUUUAAGAAAAUGGCGAAAAUGUUAGUAAACGAUUUUCAAAGUCAAAAUAUGAAUUAUUUCCAAGACUGGUUGGACGAGAGUGGACCGGGGAAGUUGAAGAGUGGACCGGGGAAGUUGAAGAAUUUCAACCUUCAAAUUAA